AUGGUUCAGAUUUUGAUUGCUAUCAACACCCCUUUUGAGAUUAACCCUGCUCAGCCUGCAACAAAGAAUAUUCAAUCCCUCCCAGAAACUUCAAAUGAGGCUGUGUUUGACACAUUCCCAAAUGUUGUUUCUGCUGAAGCAACUGGAAAUGGUGAACUGGAAGAUGCCAUUGACGAAGAAGACGUUUUGCAUUCCAAAGACAAUGAGGAUGCAGAACAAACUGCUAGUAUGGAAGAUGUCCCUGAGGUCAACACUAGUCAAUUCUGGUCUAUGGACACGACCUGUCUUCUCUUGAAAGUUAUUUUGCAAACAGACCAUUAUAACUUGGUUAAAGCUGCAGUGGAUAGCAACAAAUGCAACACGAAGUUCAAGUUGUUGAAAACUAGUUUCAAAGCGGAUUCGGACAGAGUAUAUACUCAAACAGGCCGUAAUGCAUACCUGUCUCAUAUGCACUGGUCCAAUGAAAUGUGUGAGAUUACAUUGAACGAUCCCACGUACAGCAUUCCAUGCUUGGUUUUGACUAGAACUAUGUCCCAAGGAGUAACAAUCACGUGUACAUUGACGACUGGAAGAAUAAUCAGAGAGCAUGUUGGAACUUCCCAGCCUUUGGAAAUUCUUGAGGAAGAACAAGCGGCAGCUGAGGAGCUGGCAGCAGAGAAGCCUGUAGCCGAGGAGCCAGUAACUGAGGAGCCUGCAGCUGAGGAUCCAGUAGCCAACAGCUAUAGUUCCAUCCCACCCAAUGUGCCCUUGCAUGUAGCACCUGCACAUGAUUGA